AUAACUGUAGUGACCUGAAUUCGGAACUGCAAAGAGUGCUGACAGGCCUGGAAAAUGUUGUCUGCGGGAGGAAGAAAAGCAGCUGCAGUUUAUCGGUAGCAGAAGUGGAUAGACACAUUGAGCAACUCACUACCGCCAGUGAACAUUGUGAUUUAGCCAUUAAGACUGUAGAAGAGAUUGAGGGCGUACUGGGACGCGACCUUUAUCCGAAUCUAUCUGAAGAGCGAUCUCGAUGGGAAAAGGAGCUAGCUGGCUUGCGGGAAGAGAAUGAAAGCCUCACAGCCAUGCUAUGUAGCAAAGAAGAGGAGCUGAACAGGACCAAAGCCACCAUGAAUGCUAUUCGUGAAGAAAGAGACAGACUGCGUAGAAGGGUUCGGGAACUGCAAACGCGUUUGCAGAGCGUGCAGGCAACAGGCCCAUCCAGCCCAAGCCGUCUGACGUCCGCCAACCGACCCAUCAACCCCAGCACAGGAGAGCUGAGCACAAGCAGCAGCAGCAAUGACAUUCCCAUAGCCAAGAUUGCUGAAAGAGUGAAGUUGUCAAAGACAAGAUCAGAGUCAUCAUCAUCUGAUAGACCUGUCUUAGGAUCAGAAAUCAGCAGCAUAGGGGUGUCCAGCACUGUGGCUGAACAUUUGGCACAUUCCCUCCAAGACUGCUCAAACAUCCAGGAAAUCUUCCAGACUUUGUAUUCACAUGGAUCUGCUAUCUCUGAAAGUAAAAUCCGAGAGUUUGAAGUGGAGACAGAAAGAUUAAAUAGCCGAAUUGAGCACUUGAAAUCCCAGAAUGACUUGUUGACAAUAACACUGGAAGAGUGCAAGAGCAAUGCUGAGAGGAUGAGCAUGCUUGUUGGGAAGUAUGAGUCCAAUGCCACAGCUCUGAGGCUUGCAUUGCAGUACAGUGAACAGUGCAUAGAAGCAUAUGAGCUCCUGCUGGCAUUGGCAGAAAGUGAGCAGAGUCUCAUUCUUGGGCAGUUCAGAGCUGCAGGUGUUGGUUCUGUUGGGGACCAGACGGGUGAUGAAAACAUCACCCAGAUGCUUAAGAGAGCUCAUGACUGCAGGAAGACAGCUGAGAACGCAGCGAAAGCCUUGCUGAUGAAACUAGAUGGGAGCUGCGGGGGAGCCUAUGCAGUCACUGGCUGUAGCGUGCAGCCCUGGGAAAGCCUGUCAUCCAACAGCCACACAAGUACUACCAGCUCAACUGCAAGCAGUUGUGAUACGGAAUUUACGAAGGAGGAUGAGCAGCGACUCAAGGAUUACAUCCAGCAGUUGAAAAAUGACAGGGCAGCAGUGAAACUGACAAUGCUGGAGCUGGAAAGCAUCCACAUUGAUCCCCUUAGUUAUGAUGUUAAACCUCGUGGAGACAGCCAGAGGCUAGACCUGGAAAAUGCAGUCUUGAUGCAGGAACUUAUGGCAAUGAAGGAGGAGAUGGCAGAGCUCAAGGCUCAGCUUUACCUGCUAGAGAAGGAGAAGAAGGCCUUGGAAUUGAAACUGAGCACUCGAGAGGCACAGGAGCAAGCCUACCUCGUCCAUAUUGAGCACUUGAAGUCUGAAGUGGAAGAGCAAAAAGAGCAGAGAAUGAGGUCUCUCAGCUCAACCAGCAGCGGAAGCAAAGACAAAUUGGGAAAGGAAUGCAGCGAUGGCACCGCAACACCAUUAACACUAGCUGAGCUGAGACCGUACAACGAGAGUGAACUGACUGCUGAGCUGACAAAUGCACUCAGGCGGGAGAAGAAACUGAAAGCUAGAGUGCAAGAGUUAGUGAGUGCUUUGGAGAGACUCACAAAGAGCAGCGAAAUCAGACAUCAGCAGUCUGCAGAAUUCGUUAAUGACCUUAAGAGGGCAAACAGCAACUUGGUAGCAGCUUAUGAAAAAGCAAAGAAAAAGCAUCAAAACAAGCUGAAGAAACUGGAAUCACAAAUGAUGGCCAUGGUGGAGAGACACGAAACACAAGUAAGGAUGCUCAAACAAAGAAUAGCUUUACUGGAAGAAGAGAACUCUAGACCACACACCAAUGAAACUUCACUUUAA